GAAAGCCAAACCGACACAGCGUAUUUUAAUUCUUCAUACUUAUUACAGCUGAGCAGAAUAGUUUCUUGUGAGGUACUGGGCUAGAUUGCUGCUAGUUUCUUUCGCCACCGUAUCAAAAUGAAAUGGCUAUUCCUUUUCAACAUGGCAUAUAUUCUUAUAUGCGGGACUUCAGGUGAAUACUGCUUGAAGAUGGGUAACAUUACAAACGGAAACGUCGCAUGCAGUGAAGGAAACAUGGUUGGUUCUGUGUGUUCGUUCACAUGCAACGAAGUCGAUGGUUAUAAACUGUUCCCACUUACUCUGACUACGAGCACUUGCCUAAACAAUAGAGAAUGGGACGAAGGGCGGCCUUGCUGUGCACGUGGUUGCCCGAGAUAUGCGGUUAUGGAUUUGGUUAUUGUACUUGAUUCGUCGUCGUCAGUGGGCCAACAAAAUUGGGAAAUUAUGAAAAGUUUUGUUCGUGAAAUUAUAAACACAUUUGAAGUCUCAUCUACAGCUACAAGGAUUGCUGUAUUCCGCUACAACAAAGAAAUAGACACCACUUCACAAAUUUUGUUAUCUGAUUUUCCCGACGACAAGCAAGCUUUGCUAAAAAAAUACAACGCAAUACCCUACGAUGGAAGUGGCACGAAAACCGGACAGGCGUUAUCACACGUUCUGAAUGUUGUUUUGAGCCCUGCAAAUGGCAACAGACCCGACGUUAAAGACGUAAUAUUGACCAUAACUGAUGGCCGUUCAUUUGACGACGUUAGCCAGCCAUCCCUACAGUUACGUAACCAGGGUGCUCUGACAUACGUCCUCGGUAUUCUGCCAUCCAAUGGAUUAGGUUUAGACGACGAACAACUCGAUGUUAUAGCUGGCUCCAGUGAGCGCUUGUUGGUCGCUAAUGCGGGUUUCUCAGGCUUGAAUCAGGAUUUUGCUGCAAGAAUUGGACAACAAAUUUGUGGAAAGCCUUGUGCUAUCACGUGUCAGCCGCAUCCCUCGCAACCUAUGAACGGUUACGUAUCUUGUACUGACCGUAACGUGGUGGGUAGUAAAUGUAAUUUUCGAUGCAAGGAAGGAUUCGCUUUGGUGGGUGCCGCAAAUAUGACGUGUGAUGACGAUUUAGACGGUGACGACGGAGUUUGGAGCGCCGUAGCGCCCACAUGUCAACAAAUAACGUGUAAUCCUGUACAAGAAAGUCCCGUAAACGGCGAUAUGACAUGCACAAAGACUAACUUGGUUGGCAGCAUAUGUUUCUUUGCCUGUGAUCAAGGCUAUGAACUAGUUGGCGCAACUGAUUCUGUUUGUAAUGAAGUAAAUGGUGCCGUGGAUGGUACAUGGACAAAUCAGGCCCCUCGUUGUGAACGUAAAGUCUGCCCUGAAGCGCCAGCCGCUCCUACUUUCGGUACACGAACAUGUACAGACGGAAUCAAUCUAAACUCACAAUGCGAAUACACGUGUAAUGAGAACUACAUUCGUUCUGGAGCCCGCUAUACUACAUGCGUAGAAGACAUCAACGGUGUGAGAACAUUCGACAACGAUGCACCAACAUGCACACCUACUAAAUGCCCUGCCGCUGCCCCAGCACCAGUAAACGGUUUCAAAAUUUGCUCCAACGAGAACGAAUUUGGUUCAGUGUGUGAAUACGGUUGCAAUAUUGGAUACAGAAGUAUUGGACCGCUUAUUGCAGUGUGUGGCCGAACCGCUGACGGCACACUUCGUUUUAAUGACACAGCACCGAUUUGUCAAGCAAUUCAGUGCCCUCAACAGUCCAAAAUCCUCAAUGGUCAAGUGUCUUGUACUGACAGCAACACAUACGACUCAACCUGUACUUUUCAAUGUGAUCAGUCCAACGGUUACAGUCUUUAUCCCUCUGGCCACUCAAGAACAACUUGUUUAUCGAAUUCCAGUUGGUCGUGGGCUAGCCCUUGUUGUUCAAGACCCUGCUUGAAUCACUCAGUUAUUGACAUGAUUUUCAUUCUCGACUCGUCUUCAUCUGUGGGUUCUGAUAACUGGGACGUUAUGAAAAACUUUGUUCGUGACGUAAUCAACUUGCUGAGUAUAACUGAGACUGGUACAAGAGUUUCUAUUUUCCGAUACAACCGAAGACCUGACCGACAAUCCCAAAUAUUGCUGAACGACCAUAUUGGCGAUAAACAAGGCUUGCUUUCUGCGCUGGACCAAAUGCCCUACAAUGGAAGAGGAACCUGGAUUGGAAACGCGCUUAACCAUGCUAAAGACUUCAUUUUACAACUCCGAAACGGCGACCGUCCUGAUGUUAUUGAUGUUGUGCUUACAAUUACCGAUGGUAGAUCGAAAGAUGACGUCAGUGUGGUAUCAGAAGAACUACGCAAGCAAGGCGCACUGACUUAUGCCGUUGGUGUGAUUCCUCCGAACGGAAAAGGACCAAGAGAAGAAGAACUUCUGAAGAUUGCUGGUUCUACAGAUCGAGUUAAAAUAACAACAAGUUUUGAGGGCACGAAGGAUCAUUUCGAGAAACUUAUGAGUGACGACUUAUGCGGCAGCCCUUGUGAUGUACAAUGUAAUCCUCGACACGUUACCCCUGCGAACGGGCAAAUGAGAUGUACCAAUGACAACAUGGAAGGUAGCAGAUGUACUUUCUCCUGCGACAGUGUGAACUUUAAACUACAAGGAGAAGAACUAUCAGUGUGUAAAGAUGACAACGGUUUAGGAGUGUGGACUGCGCCCACACCAGUUUGCAAAGCGCGUUGUUCAACUUUCGGUUUUAUGGAUUUGGUCGUCGUUCUUGACUCUUCUUCUUCAUUCGGAAAGAAAAACUGGGCGGAGAUGAAAAUGUUUAUCCGACAAAUCUUAAGCUCUUUCGAUAUCUCGCUCACCGCAACGCGCGCUGCGGUGUUCCGUUACAACAGCAUGGUGUAUAACGACUCUCAAAUUCUACUGAGCGACUUCCCGACAAAUAAGUCCGGUUUGCUGGAAGCAUACGACGCCAUUGUGCACAAUGGAAGAGGUACUAUGACUGGACAAGCACUGCAGUACGUAAACGACACGAUAUUGGCUGACGUUGCGGGUAACAGACCGGAAGCAGUGGAUGUUGUUCUCACCGUUACGGAUGGACGAUCUGUAGAUGACGUAACAGCGAUAUCAGAUAGUUUACGACAAAGGGGAGCUUUGACCUACGCUAUCGGAGUAAUUCCGCCGAAUAAGAAGGGAGCAGAUCGCGACCAAUUACUCUCAAUAGCUGGAGAAGCAAACAAUAUCUUUCUUGCAAUAAACAACUUCGAUGGUGUGUUUGACAAGUUUAUUGGGAAACUUGAUGAAGACCUUUGUGGGUGAUGACAUUAUGACACAGUUCAGUAACAUGCUUUUAAAUCGUGUGAAUAGUCAUGUACAUAUUUCGCUUCGCCGAUAUUUACCUUGUGAUUCGUUCAGUUAAAAUAAAUUGUUAUUAAAAAAAUA